AUGGCCACAGCUGCCUCGAAUCCCUACAGCAUUCUCAGUUCCAGCUCCUUGGUCCAUGCGGACUCUGCGGGCAUGCAGCAGGGGAGUCCUUUCCGCAACCCUCAGAAACUUCUACAAAGUGAUUACUUGCAGGGAGUUCCCAGCAAUGGGCAUCCCCUCGGGCAUCACUGGGUGACCAGUCUGAGCGAUGGGGGCCCGUGGUCUUCCACGCUGGCCACCAGCCCACUGGACCAACAGGACGUGAAGCCCGGGCGCGAAGACUUGCAAUUGGGUGCGAUCAUCCAUCACCGCUCGCCUCACGUCGCCCACCACUCACCGCACACUAACCACCCCAACGCCUGGGGGGCGAGCCCGGCUCCGAACCCAUCCAUCACAUCGAGUGGCCAACCCCUCAACGUGUACUCGCAGCCGGGUUUCACCGUGAGCGGCAUGCUGGAGCACGGGGGGCUCACCCCACCACCGGCCUCUGCCUCCGCACAGAGCCUACACCCAGUGCUCCGGGAGCCCCCAGACCACGGCGACCUGGGUUCCCACCACUGCCAGGACCAUUCAGACGAAGAGACGCCAACCUCGGAUGAGUUGGAACAAUUUGCCAAACAGUUCAAACAAAGAAGAAUUAAGUUGGGCUUCACGCAGGCCGACGUUGGUCUGGCGCUGGGCACACUCUAUGGCAACGUUUUCUCGCAGACCACCAUCUGCAGGUUCGAGGCCUUGCAACUGAGCUUCAAGAACAUGUGCAAGCUGAAGCCACUGCUGAACAAGUGGCUGGAGGAGGCUGAUUCGUCAACUGGGAGCCCGACCAGCAUUGACAAGAUCGCCGCGCAGGGCCGUAAGCGCAAGAAGCGAACCUCCAUCGAGGUGAGUGUCAAGGGCGUGCUGGAGACCCAUUUCCUCAAGUGUCCCAAGCCUGCCGCGCAGGAGAUCUCCUCGCUGGCAGACAGCCUCCAGUUGGAGAAAGAAGUGGUGCGUGUCUGGUUUUGUAAUCGAAGACAAAAAGAAAAAAGAAUGACUCCGCCAGGGGAUCAGCAGCCGCAUGAGGUUUAUUCGCACACGGUGAAAACAGACACGUCCUGCCACGAUCUCUGAAUGGAGGAGGGGAGAAGGCGGCCAGCCGCGCUGGGAGCAGUGCGGAUUUUUCUUUUUCUCUCACUCUUUCUUUUGCUCUAGCUUUCCUUAUUAUUGCUAUCUAGCUCUCUCUUUGUCUUUUUCUUCUUUAAUUUUUUUUCUUUUUAAACAGUGGGUUCUAACUUAUGUUGAGAAAGGAAACACACCCACACACGCAUUUAGGCUUAG